AUACCUAUCCACAUCAAGAUCUCCUAUCGCCGACAAAACUCCGGUUUCUCUCUAUCUGAUCCCCUAUUUAUCAAUUACAAGUUGAUUUCGGAGAGGAAGACAUGGAUGAUAGUUGUGCGGUCUGCGCGGAUUCCCUCGAAUGGGUGGCCUAUGGAGCAUGUGGGCAUCGAGAGGUCUGCUCUACCUGCGUCGUUCGCCUGCGCUUCAUCUGCGGCGAUCGUUGCUGCUGCAUCUGCAAGACUGAGUCUCCCGUCAUUUUUGUCACCAAGGCUUUAGGAGAUUAUACAAGGAUGAUUAAUGACUUUUCAGUCUUGCCAUCUGAACCAAGAGAGGGUCGAGUUGGGUCAUAUUGGUAUCAUGAGGACUCACAAGCAUUUUUUGAUGAUGUGGACCAUUACAAGAUGAUAAAGGCCAUGUGCAGACUAUCAUGUAGUGAAUGUGACAAGAUGGACAAGGAGGCAAAUGAUGGCACAAAGCGUCGGGGAAAGUUUAGGAGCAUAGACCAGUUGAAGGGUCAUUUAUUUCAUCGACAUAGGUUGCUUAUGUGUAGUCUAUGUUUGGAAGGAAGGAAGGUAUUCAUUUGUGAACAAAAACUUUACACUAGAGCACAAUUGAAUCAGCAUAUAAGCACAGGUGAUUCUGAGGUUGAUGGUAGUGAGAGUGAGAGAGGUGGAUUCAUGGGUCAUCCCAUGUGUGAAUUUUGCAAAUCACCAUUCUAUGGAGAUAAUGAGCUGUACUCACAUAUGUCUACUGAACACUAUACUUGUCAUAUAUGCCAAAGGCAGCAUCCUGGACAAUAUGAAUACUACAAGAACUAUGAUGACCUUGAGAUUCAUUUCCGCCGAGAGCAUUUCCUAUGCGAGGAUGAGGCCUGUCUUGCCAAAAAGUUUGUUGUCUUUCAAACUGAAGCAGAAAUUAAGCGACACAAUACUAUUGAACAUGGAGGGCGUAUGUCUCGGGCUAAGCGUAAUGCUGCCCUCCAGAUACCAACAAGCUUUCGAUAUAGGCGAAGUACUGAACAAGAUCGCCGUGGAAGGGGAAGGACAUUCCAUCGUGAUCAAUAUGAUGAUCAAAUAUCUAUUGCUAUCCAAGCAAGUCUGGAGACAGCUAACUCAGAAAGCACAUCUCAUGAUCCAUCGUCAUCAUCUAGUGCACAAAUAGUUUCUGUUCAUGAAGAUGUGAAUUAUAUUGAUCCAUUGCUUCAGCCUUUUGAAUCAUUAACUGCAACUGAUUCAGAACAGCCUUCAAGAUAUCUUCAAGCCUUGGGGCAAGGUUCCAGGAACACGCCUUUGGAAGAAUCUUCCUUUCCCCCUCUUCUUAUGAAUUCCAGCAGUAAUCAACAAAAAACCAAACAAGAAUCAGAAGGUUUGCCUAAUAACACUAUGGCAGCACAUCUUCGACGCCAAAACAGAAAUGUAACCGUUUUUAAUCCAGCUCAGGCAUGGCCAGCUCCAACUCGUGGAAAUGCAUCUAGUAGUUCAUUGCAAUAUAGGCCUAACUUAAAUCCUGCAUCUUCAAAUUCACGAAGUUCUGCCGGUGGGCCUGCACUGUCUAGUUAUGCAAGUUCUGUUCAGGUGCAGGCUCAGGCUAGACCUGUAUUAGUUCACGGACAUCUUUCGACUGGUUCCUCAGGAAACUUGGGCAACACCAAUAGCAUUGGGCACUCUGUACUGGCCCCAAAUCUUUCCGACAGCAAAUCAUUGAGGCCAUCCAUUUCAGAUUUCCCUCCUGUUUCUUCGACGCAAAUCCGCAAGAUGCCUCCCAGUGGCAAUGUUUUGCAAAAUGUGGAAGAUAUUCAAACUGCAAACAAAUCACUGGUGGAAAAGAUACGUGCUGCUCUUGAAUGUGAUGAGGACAAAUAUGCUUCUUUUAAAGACAUUUCUGGACAGUAUCGUCAGGGUUCAAUUGGCACUGAAGAAUACCUGUAUUAUGUACGGCAAUAUGGCUUGUCACAUCUUGUUCUUGAGUUGGCUAGACUUUGCCCUGAUUCUCAGAAGCAAAAAGAACUAGUUGACACCUACAAUGCUAGUUUGAGAGGUAAUGGUGCUCAAGAGAAUGGUCAGGGCCGUGGUAGUGGCAAUUUGAAAACUAGUACCAGCUCGAAGAAAGGCAAAGAGAUGGAUGGUGAAGGUAGUAGUUCGAAGGAUAGAUUGGCAGAUGACAUUAUAAGCACUGUUCGAACAAUGCAGUCACAUUACAAGCCUACAGAAGAUGAGGUGGAGGUGCUAUUAAAGGAUGGAUAUCGGUCAGCUAAAGGAAUGGCUAAUUUAAUGGGCGAUGAGAAACAAGUGGAGUUCAGUAACCAGGAUGAUUCCACAUCUGCUGGGACUAUAUCUAAUCAGAAUGUGAAGGAAGGGGGAUCUGGAAAUAAGCAUCGAAAGAAAACCUCAAAGUUUCAUAGGGUGAGGCUGGGAGAUGGCUCAAUGGCAGCCCUUCUGGAUCUCAAAAAUUCUGAUACUGAUCCCAAUCCUAAUCCCAAUCCCAAUCCAGCUGAUGACCAGUCAGAUGGAAGCAAUAAAGCAACUGGAGGAUUAUCUGUUCGUGGUGUUUGGCAGAAAAGGGGAGGUCAUAAACUCUUUUAACAAUCUGAUUUUGGUAGAUGCUUCAUGGAGAAGCAAGGCAAUGCUUAAUAUACCUGCAGUAGGUGGAAAAGUUUCCAGUGAUUGCUUUGAUUGCAAUUAUUUGGCAACAUCAAAUCCUUUUUCAGUUUGCUUAUUUUCGUGUUCAGGUGAUGAGUUUUGUGCCCUAUUUCUGUCUCUCAAUAUUUUUUGACAGCGAGUUUGCUUGAAAUGGUUAGCCCUUUGUUAUAUCUUGAUGAUCACAAAUGUUUAUUAACAGUACACAAAAGAAAGAAUGUGGAGUUCUUAACAUUGCAGAAAUAUUAUGUUGCAUGUUCA